CGGCUCCGGAACGCGACCGCGUGGCCACGUGUUCUGCAGCUCGUUUUGUCUCCGCCGUGUACCGCUCGUCCGACCGACCGUCGCCGCCGCCGCCGCCGCCGCCGCCGCCGCCGCAUACGACCGAAUGCAAUCAUCACAACUGCGUCGCCACGCCAAUAAUAAAUUAUUGUUAUUGAUAGUAUUAUUAUCAUUUGCGGCGCUACCGCGGUAACCGCGCGCGGUUAAACAUUUUAAAAGGCCCGGCCGUCUGCAGCUGGAAGGUUUUCGAGAAGUCCUCAUCGUUGUAAGAUUUUAAUACGUCACUGCUGUUGCGUUGUCGCGAGCCCAACAAUUCGGGUAACGAGUUCCCGACAUGGACUUCCAGAGCGCCAUGGAGACGUUUGCCGAAGCUUGGGUGGUCGCCAGUGCCAAAGGCACAUUCACCUACCCGCCGAUCAACGGAUUCCAGAAUCAAUCAAUGUCAUUGACUCCACACUUGCAAGGAUCCACGUCGCCGGUCUCUACAGCAAACGACGGACAACUCGGACCAGCGAAAUCUAUACCAGUUCACUGCAUAGUGGAAUCGAUCAAUCACGUCUAUCAAUGGAGCCAAAAACACUCGCCGUCACUGCAUCGUUCUAAAGGCCACGUAGAAUUGGACAGAUUCGUUAUCAUCCCGAACAAUACCGCGUUUAGAGAUUUGACGGAAGCCGCAUUGGUACGCCUGGGCUAUUCCAAAGACACGGCAGCGGCGUCGAAGGGGUUGGUAGUGCUGAAAAACUGGUUACCGUUAGACCUGGACACAAUAGCCGAAGAUCCUGUGCUGACGGUGAAUGACGUCCUCGGAGAACUAACUACCUUAGCCACUCUGAGAAUACUCGUGUUCAGGGAAACGAAGAACCGAUUCUCCGAUUUGAAGGACAAACUGUUGAAACUGCUGUUGGUACAAAGCCAAACGCAGCUGACGGCGUCGGGAUGUCCCCUGGACGAAGCGAUAAUAUUGCAGAUGAUGAAGGUGGGGCAAGCUUGCCCAGAUUUGCCCGAAGAUUUGUACAAAAAAUUCGAGCAAUGGUGGAUCAUGCAAUCGUCAAACGUCGUUCCCAAAAUACAGCCAUCGGUAUUGCCGCAAUCAGUGAGAGAUAUGUUCUAUCGUAACGGUUCGUCGCCAAGGCAGUCUAACAUACAAGACAACCCCACUAAUUGUAUUGUUCCUAAAUCAGACCCCAAGACACACAGUCUCCAGUCUGUUUCUCAAAAUCAAUUCCAAGGUCAAAAAACGCGUAUGCGUACUAGCUUCGAUACAGAACUUGAACUCCCGAAACUGCAAGCUUGGUUCGCUGAAAAUCCUCAUCCAAGUAGACAACAAAUACACCACUACGUGAGUGAAUUGAACAAUCUGGAAUCGCGAAAAGGUCGUAAGGCGUUAGACGUCAACAACGUCGUAUAUUGGUUUAAAAAUGCCAGGGCAGCUCAAAAACGGGCUGAAGUACGUGGCACAAAUGCAGCAGGCGUCACAGACAUGAACUCGGGGACCAACGACGGCAACGUGAACGGUUACUGCAAGAGCAGUAGUCCCAGCGAGCACGGCGGCAAGUCUUACAGCGGGCAGGGGUCGGUGAGCGAGGCCGAAGACGACGACGACGACGAAGACGGAGAGUUCGACGACAACCGGGACGACGACGACGACGACACGAAACCGCCGAUGAGCCCACCCGCCGAACAGCCGAUAUCGUUGACCACGCACGGGCGGUUUAGUAACGGCGAGACGCUGCUGCAGUCUCCGAGACCGCAAUCGCGCGGCUCGCAGCAGAGCCCUGAACACAAGGUGAUGGUGAUCAAGGAAGAGCCACCGGAUAAGGAUAAGACUACAGUGACCACUGGACUGAACAAUAACGAUUACGAGGACGAGGACGAUUUCGACGAGGACAUGAUGGACGACGACGGGUCUGACGGUGGCGGCGGUGACGACCGCGACGUGAUUGGCAACAGCUGCAAACGGUUAUCAUCGCAACAACAACAACAACAACAGUCAGCGAUGUCUUGCACCACAAGUCCAGUCGAUGACCACCCAGUCGCCACGGGACACCACCGCCAGGCGACGCCGCCACCCCCACCCCCGCCACUGUUCCACCGCGCCGCCGAUAUGCACCAGCCCUUGGUCCGGCCCGGGUUCUCGAUGGUGCCAAACUCCAUGUUCGGCCACAGCUUCAUGUACAUGAGCCAAUGUUUGCCAGGCUUCAAUAUGGGCCGCCGGCCACAGACCGGCACCCCGCCCCCGCCACAAUCGCAACAGCCACAGGUGUCAUCUGCAGCCACCGCGGCGGGCCUGAAUCUGUCGGCGCUGGCGGAGGAACGCCGGAAACGGAACCGGACGUUUAUCGACCCGGUGAGCGAGGUGCCGCGGCUAGAACAGUGGUUCGAGCACAACACGCAUCCGUCGCACAGCCUGAUCGCCAAGUACACGGACGAGCUGAACCGGAUGCCGUACCGGCAAAAGUUCCCGCGGCUCGAGUCGAAGAACGUUCAGUUCUGGUUCAAAAAUCGCCGGGCCAAGUGCAAGCGACUGAAGAUGUCCCUAUACGACGCCAUGUCGCCCAAGGAUCAAUUCUCCAUGCCCACGUACCUCAAUCACGAUUAGUGCUGCAUAAAAUACUGUUCCGUGGAUCGUUGUUAGAAAAUAUGUGUUUUCAAGGAUGAAUAAUAACAUUAUAUUAUAACUAUUAAACAAAUUAUAUACAAUAUUUAUACGAUAAAAAUAUUAUAGGUAUGUAAUAGGUACACCACACGGAUACUCGUGUGCACAAUACUACUACUUUGACAUUGUUAUGUAUUAUUCGAGUAUUAAACCACGUGUAAAGAUGAUGAAAAAAAAUUUUUAACUAAAUUAAUAUUUUUCGCGCUUAAAAAAAAAAUAAAAAUAAAAAAAAAAUCUGAAUAAAACGUGUGAAUAUUUUUAAGUGGUGCUCUUCCUCGCCGAUUCUCUAUCCGAUGUCGGAAGGUUUUCAUUAUUUAUUUUUCAUUCGGGUUUCCCUUAUUAUAUAGUCGUGCUAGUCAAAAACGUUAUCCCCCCCCCUCGCGAAUCAUACCCACAUACGUACUAUAAUAUGCGCUCGGUAUAAAUGUCAAAAAAUAGAAUUUGUUCUUCCUUAUAAUAUUUCGUACUCGUAGGUACGAAUAAUAAUUAGUCCCGAGGAUCUAGUAUAAUUUAAUAGGUGCGUCAAUGUUUCCAGAGCCGAUCCGCGUGUUUCGAGGAGAAGGAUUCGUUCCAGAGCACAAGUCUACACAAUAUUGUUGUACAUUAUUAUGUGGGUGUAUACUUGGGUAUCUCCGUCCGCUCUGCGCUUUUUCUUAUCGCAGGGCUGAAAACGUGACCGUUCAUCGACGCAUUCCCGCUGUAAAUAUAUCGCGCACUUGUCACAUUAAUAAAAUAGGUAAUAAUAUUUAAUAAUUAAAAUAAUAAUAAUAUAAUCGCAAUAAAAGACCGCUCACAUAUUAAUAUUUAAGAAUAUUCCUCCUCGUUCGGUGACGCGUAUAAUAAUAAUAAUUGCGAUACAGCUGUGGUCUGGUCGCACCGUGCACCGCCACCGAGAUGUCACGUCGAAUCAAAACGAACGGACUGUUAUAUUAUUAUAUAAUAUGAUAAAAUUCAUCGAUGAACGCGUUCGACCCGAGUUGGAUCGUCGAGAAAUCGGUGCAUUCCGGUGCAGAAUUCGCACGAUUUCAACAGAACGGUCGAUGGCCUUUUUUUAGGACCAAAGACGUCCCGUCGUCCCCUCGCGAGUGUAAUUAUUUGAGGUCACUUGGAGAUGACGGAAAGGUUGGUAAAGUUUUCGACCGCUUUGCAUCCUCCAACGAGUGCACGAUGAACUCAAGUCGAAACAUAAUCGCGUUUAUAAUUAUUAAUAAUUAGAUAUCGAUAGGUGUAUUAUAAUAUUAUGUCACGUAGUCUUAUCGACAUAUGAUAGCUGUUAAACAAUAUUCAUAUUUGUAUUUUAAUGUAAAAGCUUUUCAUCGUAAUAAAGAAAAUAAAAUGCCAAAAAAGGGAAAAAAAACAAUCGUUAGCCAUUACAUAAACUCUGCUGUGAUGAAUUUCAUCGGUCGCGCAAUGUAUAAUAUUAUAUAGGUAGCCGGUUAAAUAGUUAUACUAAAAAAUGUUCCUGAGUGGACCCGCAAAUUGUAUGUACCAAAUAUUUCGUUUCUGAGAUCGCGUUCUACAGUUUGAAUAACGAUAAUAAUAAUAUGCGUCGAAGACAAAAUAUAAUCGGAACUACCAUAGACUUGUUGCAUUUGAUUGUUCGUGGACAGCAUUCAUCUUUACCUUCCGGACAAGUCUGGUAUGGCGUCAUCACUAGGUCGGACGACUAUAAUAUUAUAAAUAAACGAUUGUAGCUUUGAAACGAAGCCCAGUCAGUUUUGUUGAUAUUGAUUAAUAUACUAGGCCUACGACGUGUACAGCUAUAAUUUUAAUAAUAUAAUAAUGUAACGUAAUAUGUAACGUUAUGACGUAAUGUCGUAGACAUCGAGGUUCUCUUGACACAUUACUAAUAUUGCAAUGAUUAAAUACCUACAUUAUUAUUAUCCAGAAGAUGGUGAUUUUUCUUUUAUUUAUUUUUUAUUUGUU